AUGAUCCCAUUGCACCAUCUUCUGAAGGAAGGCCAAAAUCUCCCUAAAGGUCAUAAACCCCCAAAAAGAAAAACUCAACAGGCUAGGAGAAAUGUUACCACAAAAACAAGUCGAAAGAAAAUUCCUACGAAUGUUCCAUCUGUUCCCAUUGAUGGAAUUUCUUUUCACCACGAGGAAAGUGUUCAACGCUGGAAGUUUGUGAUGCAGAGGAGAAUUGUCGAUGCGGUAAAUAUAUCUGACAAAUACCAAUCUUGCAUGAGUAUCAUGGACCUUAUCCAUAAGGCUGGUUUGGAAAAAACUAUCUCGAAUGUUGGCCCUUUUUAUCCCCAACUAAUUAGAGAAUUUAUCGUCAAUCUGCCUGAUGAGUUUAAUGAUCCGAGUAGUGCUGAUUAUCAGACAGUGCACAUUAGAGGGUUCAAAUUUGUGAUUUCACCUACUGUGAUAAAUGGUUUUCUUGAAAAUACUGUUGAUUUUGACUGCUCUCCAUCAUGUCCUAUUACUGAGGUUCUAGCUACUGUCUUAUCUGGAGGGACCUUGUCCACAUGGCCUGUGAAUGGAAUUCCUGCGGCUGCUCUCAGCGUCAAGUAUGCCAUUUUGCACAAGAUUGACAUUGCCAAUUGGUUCCCUUCCUCACAUGCCUCAAGCAUAUCUGCUGCCUUAGGUACAUUUUUAUAUCAAAUUUGCAAUGAUGAUAAAGUAAAUACGGGUGCCUUCAUUUACAAUCAACUAUUGAGGCAUGUUGGGUCAUUUGAGGUCAAGAUUCCCAUUGCUUUUUUGAGGUUGUUCUCCAGUCUGCUGCUUCACCUAAAUGGAGCAGUGCUUACUGUAACUGAUGCUCCUGGACCUGAACCUAAGACAAUUGCUCUUAGCCACAGACUCUUUCAAGGCAGUCAUGUGCCUGAUAUUGACCAUGAUGUGCAUCCAACUCGAGACCCACGUAUUUUGACACUACUGACUGGGAUGAGUCUGCUGAAGGCUUCUAUAUGGAUCGUGAGUUAG